AUGCAAAAAGAUCGACCAUCUAUUCAAGAAGUUGCUUUACGAUUAAAAGAUUUUAUUUUUCUGGACACUGUCGAUAAAUUUAAUGUCUUUGAUAAAACUGAAUUUGAAAAUUUCAUUGAUACCGCUUUCGAAAACAUUGCAGUUGAUCUUACACCAGACGUCACGACAGUUGAUUUUACUAACUCUGAUGACAUGACUCGUUUUGUAAAUGAGUUAUAUUCGACUUUUAAUAAACUAUUUAAUGAAGGUAGAUCUGUUAGUAAUAUUAUUAACAAUUUCAUAUCUGAACAUAGUAAAAAUAAUGAAGAAGUUUUUACUUGGUUAUUAAUACAUAAUAAUAAUGCAAGGAAUAUUUGCCUACUCGGAUUAUUUUAUAGUUGGAAUAUUGGCACUGAUGAAACUAAUGUAAAUGUAUUUAAUUUAUUCACUGAAUCGGCGAAAAAAGGUGACACUAUUGCACAAUAUUUUGUUGCAAAGUGUUAUGAAUUAGGAUGGAAUACCAAAAAGAAUAGGACAAAAGCAAUUGAAGGGUACACUAAGGCGAUUGAAAAAGGAUGCACAGCAGCAGAACGUAUGCUUGGAGAAUAUUUUUAUAGACUUAGGAGCUAUACCCGAGCAUUUAAAUAUCUUAAUAAAGCAGCUGAUAAAGGAAAUAUAUUAGCAAUGCAUACUUUAGGAUUAUGUUACCAAGAAGGUUAUGGAACAUAUAACGACGUGGUUAAAGCAUUUAAAUUAUUUAAAGAGUCGGCUGAAAAAGGACUAUCUAUUUCACAAUAUGAACUUGGCUACUGUUACGAAUAUGGUAAAGGAACCGAAAAAAACUUGGAAAAAGCAUUAAAUUGGUACCAAAAAGCGACAAAACAAGAUUAUACUUAUCAUAAUCACCUAACACGUAUCGAAGCUCAAAUUAACCGAAAAACAGUACCCAGACAAACUCAGCCAGCAGCUUAA